UAAAACUCAGUGAAUCACACACAGAACAAAUGAGACAAUCUCUUGCACAGAGUCAAUCAAGUCCCCCAUAAUAAACUCGCUCUACGCAAAGAACGAAUAUAAUAAUAUAUAUAAUAACAAAGACUUGUCUCUCGAGUAUCGUAAAUACGAUAUUCAAUAACUAACGCACAAUGUACGAGCUUCAUAGUCGUUUAAAGCUAGUUUUAUAUGCAACGGCCAUUCCCGGAACUCUCGUCCUUAGUUGGCUAACUGGGCUAAUUGGUCUACCCUGCCUUAUAAUAGGUCUGCUGCUGUUUGUCUCCUUCUUUGUCGUUCUGCCACUGAUAUUCCGCUCCUCAGUGACGCUACAGAGAGGCAUUCUCUUCCUCACGUUCAUCACUUAUCCGAAGGGCCUUGACUUGACCAAUCCGGCCAGCAUUGGGCUGUAUGCAACCCGCAAUUUCUACAUCACUGUCAAAGAUCACGAUGAGGAUGAGACUGGUGUGCGAAUUGGAGUCUGGCAUGUGCUACCCAAGAACGCUGUGCGACGUUUCAAACGGGAGCUGCAUGUCGAGCAAGCCUACGAUGAGGAUGAAGCCAGCCGAACAGCAAAUGACCUGACGCCCGUGUCCAGUUCCAUAGGAGACAACAAUGAGGAACUGCAGCAAUUGGCGCCAUCGUUGCGUGCCGAGUUUCCCGUAAUUGUGCCAGAGAACGAGCAACUGUUCUAUGAGCGUCUACUGCGCGUGCCUGGCGGCACUGUGGUCCUGUAUCUGCAUGGAAACACUGCCACGAGAGGAAGUGGACAUCGAUCCGAGGUGUACAAGCUGUUGCGUCAACUCAACUAUCAUGUAUUCUCUUUCGAUUAUCGCGGCUACGCCGAUUCCGACGCCGUGGCUCCCACGGAGGAAGGUGUGGUGCGAGAUGCGAUGAUGGUGUUCGAGUACAUUGCCAAUGUCACCUCGAAUCCCAUUUUUAUCUGGGGUCAUUCCCUAGGCACGGGUGUUGCUGCGCAUAUGGUCGCCAAGCUGUCGAGUAUGAAGGAGCGUGGUCCACGAGGUGUUAUACUGGAGAGUCCGUUUACCAAUAUACGUGACGAAAUCCGGCUACACCCAUUCUCGCGUCCCUUCAGGCAUUUACCAUGGUAUGACUUUACGAUCUCACGGCCCAUGUAUGACAAUCGACUGCGCUUUGAGUCGGACAAGCAUGUGCGUGAGUUCCCGCAGCCUAUUAUGAUUGUUCAUGCUGAGGACGAUGUCGUUGUGCCGUUCCAUUUGGGAUACAAGCUAUACCGUGCGGCUCUGGAUAAGCGCAGUCGCUCAUGGGGACCGGUGGAAUUCCAUCGUUUUGACCGUGCUCAUGGCUAUGGUCACAAGUAUUUGUGCCGAGCACCUGAGAUCCCCACUCUGGUGCAAAACUUCGUGGAGAACUAUCGCAACGCAAUCUAUUAAGAGAUCUGACGAACCUAUUCUAAUUAGACUGCAGGCCGUAUUAUAUUAUUAUUUAUAUAACGGAGUAUUUUAAGUUAAUUAUUUUCUACCGCCGCAAUGUUACAAAAAUUUCCAAUCUGUGCAUCAAAAUAAAAUAGUCAUUCGAAUAUAAAAA